GGCUGAUCUAACUGAUCUGCCAAUCUACCUUCUUCAUAUGUGUGCAGCAAACAAUCAGAGUACUUUAUUUUGUUGUUAUUGUGCACUAGAAUAAAACCUCAAGGAUGUCUUCGAUUUACUCCUGAUAUCUUCAGGACCUCGAAGAAAGCCAAGAAUUCAUUAAAUCAGAAUCAUUGUUGUUUAUUUGAGAUAACCUAGCACUACUUGAAAAAGGACUUAAGAAUUCCUUGAAAGAUGCCAGACACGAUGGAGGACGACCUGGGGAUGUCAGUUCGCCUGACGAACGACGACUUCCGGAAGUUGCUGAUGACCCCCCGAGCGUCAGUUCCUUCAUCAACACCAGCCUCGUCGAUCCCAGGAACCGCUCGAGAUGCCGCAGCAAAAACCGCCCAGACUCCUUCAGUGAGUGGUCCAGAUCGGGCUGAGGCUCGACGAAAGAAGAAAAGCUACUACGCGAAGCUGAAGAAGCAGGAGGAAGACAAAAUGGCAGAGUUGGCUGAAAAAUACAGAGACAGAGCCAGAGAAAGAAGGGAUGGGAACAACGGAGAUUACCAGGCAGAGGAUCCCAUGAACAACGCCAACGCCUACAGGGCAGUUGCACCUGACCUCAAAUCUGGGAUGGAUGCUGCUGAGAGGAGGAGACAGAUGAUCCAGCAGUCGAAAUUCCUUGGAGGAGACAUGGAGCACACUCACUUGGUGAAGGGUUUGGACUACGCUCUUCUGCAGAAAGUCCGGAGUGAAAUAGAGGCCAAAGAGACAGAGCAAGAGCAGGAGAUGGAGAAGCUGGCGAAGCCCAAGGAGCCGAAGCCCAAGGAGGAGAAGAAGCCUGAGAAGAAACCGGAGGAGACUCAGUUUAAGACGAAAAUUGGUCGAAACAUCCACAAGACGAUAAUGAUCAUGAAAUCUAAAACAGUGGAGAGGAAUGAGUUAUUUACCCCAGGUAGAAUGGCGUACGUUAUCGAACUGGAUGAUGAGAAUGCCGAGGUGGAUAUUCCCACGACGUUAAUUCGAAGUAAAGCAGACGUUCCCACAGUGGAUACCACUCCCACCCUGACGACUAAUGACAUUGUGAUAAAUAAACUGGCGCAAAUUCUCUCGUACCUUCGUCAGGGUAACAGACAUGGUAAAAAAGGGAAGAAGAAUAAGGAUGGACGGUCGCGACCCGAGGAGGAGCUCGAGGCGGCUCCUAGAGCACCACCUGAUGACAGCAUCUACGGGGACAUCGGGGAGUAUGUGCCCAACGUGGCGAAGAAGGAUGCAUCCAGGAGGGAGAAGAAGGGCUCGUACUUCACUAAACCAGAACCAAGUGCUGUUGACGACAAGGCCAAUGCUCCACAGCUUCCUGCUAUCCUCACAGCUGUGAUGGAGGCUGGAUCCUCAGGACCCAAGAAGGGGGCUUUACUCAAUAAAUUAGCCGCUGAACCAGAGGGCUACGCCGAGUGCUAUCCUGGCCUCGACGAAAUGCAGGACGCCAUCGACGAUUCCGAUGAUGAAGUAGACUACACGAAGAUGGACCUGGGGAACAAGAAGGGACCCAUCGGGCGCUGGGACUUUGAUACCCCUGAGGAGUACAGCGAGUACAUGAAUAACAAGGAGGCCCUACCCAAAGCGGCUUUUCAAUAUGGAGUUAAAAUGGCUGAUGGCAGGAGAACCAGGAAGUACAAUAAGGAGAAAAAUGAAAAGGCUGAGCUCGAUAGGGAGUGGCAGAAGAUCCAGAAUAUUAUGAACAAGAGAAAACCUUCUGGUGGCGGGGAUGGGGCGCCUGAGUUCAAGGUGCCUAGGUAUUAAUUGUCAGAACAAUUCAGACAUUGCAGUUGUAAUAUAGGAGUCGGUGGGAAAUAAAAGUGAGAGUGAGAAUGAGAGGUAAUUUGUAGACUUUUGUGAAUUCAAAUGUCUUGGCACUUUGUCACGAUGUACAUACAGAAACAUUGAUUAACUUGUCGAGAUAAAUCUUUUAUUGAAACUCAUCUAUGUAACAGCUUUACAUAAGGUAAAUCCUAUAAUCUAUGUACACAUAACGAAUAAUCAUCGACUUUCGUUGUUAAAUAUUUUUUAAUUUAUUCACUGGUUUUCCUUUUUGUCAAUUAUCGA